CUUCUUUUGUGCAGGCUCGUGGACUGACAGCUUCACCAGCAGAGCUUCGUCGCGUCCUACUGAAGUAUUAACUGGAGCGACACAACUGUACACCACUGACAAUUAGGACACCGUCCAGUCGACAACAGGCACUGCUAUGUUGAAACGCAUUAGAUAUGACUGAUGUCGAGGUGACAUAUGAAGACUUUAUCGCCUCUGGAAGGACCGGCAGACGUAAUGCUGUGCAUGACAUACUGGGAACCUCAGAUGGUCAUGAUUGUAGUGGACUCUCCCAAACUCUGUCUGAGCUCAAUAUCAGCGAAGCAGAGGAAAGCAAUGAUGGAGAGAACAGCCAGAAUUCGGCAGAAUCUGAAACCAAGCAGGAAGAAAGCAAAGAGGGCGGCAUGUAAGAGAUGAAACAAUGAAACAGAAAGCACCCCGUCUAGUGGUGGAUUGUAGAAGCAACCAUGAAGGGUUUGACACUGGAGCAUCGCUGUCCCAUACGGCUUUGACCAGAGGAGACUUCACUUUGAGGAUGCUGCACUUACAGGUUGCUGUGAAAGGCAGGUCCUUUAGUAUCAGUGUAAAAUUGUUGGCACUGACACAGUGGUCAGUCAUAACAAUCCCGCAUAGUUCACUUUCCCUUCACUCUGUUAGCUGUUACUGUUGAUGCUUAAAGCAACUUGUGGGAAUGUGGGUACACUCUUAGAAAAAAGGCACAGAAGCUGUCACUGGGUCAGUACCUUUGUACCUAAACGUGUAUAUUAGUUCCCUUAAAGGCACAUACUAUUUUGUACAUAUCUGUACUUAAAUGGUACACAUUAGGAACUUUUUAAAUGGUACCAUCCCAGUCAAAGCUUUUGUAAGAAGUAAUUGGGUUUGAAGAGACAGUGAAAGAGAAUUGCCUUUGGCAAACAGGGAAAUAAUGUGGAUCUAUUUUGUAUUGGAAUGCCACAAAGUUCUUGAUUUUGGAUUCACAGGUUAACUGCCAAAACAAAGUAGCUAAUAAAACUUUAAAAUUCAUUCAAUUUCUAUAGGCGUAAUCUUGUAAUACUGUAGUAAUAUCAGACAGUAAUUUAUUUCCUGUGUGUUGUAUAUUUUUUAUAUGUUUGCACACAGCUACACACACUGUAAAAAUAGGUUUUACUUAAUUUUAUUGUUUUGAUUUUUAGCUUAAUUGAUUAAAAAUUCUUAAAUCAAGAUAAAUAUGCAGUCCUUGAGAAACAAAAUUUUGCUACUCAAGGACUGCAUAUUUAUCUUGAUUUAAGAAUAGUAAAUCUUGUUAUCUGAAAAAAAAAAUCAAGUGAAAAAAGUCAAGUGCAUUUAUGCUUAAAACAGCUAAAAAUAUCUUCCAGUGGGAUAAUACAAAUAAACUUAAUUCAUUAAACUUAACUCACACUGUAAAAAAUUCCUUGUUGCACUUUUAAAGUUAAUCAACUUGUAUUUACAAUUCAUUUGAACUUUCUUGACUAGUAAGAAGUUGCUAUAAAUUAUAAAAAAGUUGAAUAAGAUUAAGUUAUUUCAACUUUAUUUUUAUAAUUCAUAGCAACUCCUCACAAGCCAAGCAAGUUUAAACGAAUUGUAAAUUCAAGUUGAAUAAACUUUAAGAGUAAAAUUUAAGUGCAUAAAAUAAUUUUUACAGGGUAAUAAAAUACCCCACUGGAAGAUAUGAUCAGGACAGAUUAUAUCCUGGCAAUCAAAAGGGGCAGAACAUUCAUGCUGUGUGAUUAUUUUAAAGGUGCCAAAGAAUGCAUUAAAAUAAUAUGUUAAAUUGUUCUCUUAUAUCUACAUAGAAGGCAUGUGGCUUUAUUAAGGACAAAAAAUAUCCAGAUAUGGUUUAACAUGUCCACUUACAACCCUAGGAUUUGGCCUUAGAAUUAAAUAUUUUAUUAUUACCUUAUUUCAAAGGGUCAUAAUUAAUAAUGUUGAGCUCUGCUCUGAUUGGCUGUUCCUCAGAGCAGCUCUUUGUGUGUGUGUAAACAGACCUUAUGUUUGAGUCUGCAUCAGACAUGGAAUUUGAGGAAUAAUCAAUUGUUUGGAAAUGGUUAAUGACAGUUUCUGAGUGGUAAGUUUGUGGUUUUUUUCAAAACGUAACUGUAAUGUCAAUAGUAGAACUUAGCAUAUAGCAUUAACUAGCAUAUAGCGCUAACUCAACUUUGUUUUCAGCAUUGUAACAACAUUGUACUUAAUUUAAUGUGUAAUUUAAUGUUGAGGGCGUAUGUGACGUCACAGUCUGUGCUAUGUUGAGAUUGGCCUGUUUUCCAGCUGUCUUAUGCAUGCACGAGGUUUAGAUACAGUAAAAAGGAGAAAACAAUCACGUUUGAGGCUCACGAAAUGUCAUUACCAUGUAACAGAACUUGUUUUUUUCAUCUAUGCCCAGGUAAAUACAGUUUUACAUUCUACGGCACCUUUAAACUUGAUUACAAUGAGAACAACAUUUCAGUUUUGUAUGCGCUGCACUAGGAUUUCAGAAUAUAAUAAUUUGAAAAAAUGAGUUUAAAGUAAAACUAUUGGUAAAAUCUAUCAGUAUCAGUAGAUGUCAUUCUAACUAGUCGACUAUCAGUAUAGUCACAGAAAUUUCUCUAAUAGCAUCCCUAGUUUUCCGCCUUUGAUUGUCAAGUAAAUAAAACUAAGCAAGACAUAUUUUACAGUGCAUGUUCAAUAAAAACACUGAUAAUAAAAUUUUUAAUUCAAGUCAGAUAUAAAUUUGACUUGAAUGAUCUCGCAUGGCAUUCCUGACAAAAUGAUUAACUGUUCACAUCCCUUAAUGGACUAAACUAUUGUGAUUUAAACAUUUGCAGUGUGGUGAACCAAAUUUUCUGUGUGUGUAAAUUAAUGAAGAAAAAAUAAUCUUGUUGUAUUAUUGAGAUUUAUUGAGUUAAAUCUACUCCUUACUGACACUGCCUGUUUCUUGAAACUAUUCAAAAUGUGUCUAAUAGCACUUGCCUUAUGAAACCUGUUUGUAUUUUGUCUUCCAGUUUUUACCUCUUAAAUUUGAACAUGAAUUAUAUACACAGAUAUUUUUAUUUAUGUGCUUACAUCAAUGUUUGAAUAAAUUCAAGCAAUCUUUGGAAAACAAAGUGGUUUUGUAUUGAUUGAAACGUACAUGCACUACUCUGUGACACGAAUAUUACACUGGGUGGCGCUGUUUACUCAUUUUUUAUUUUUUUAAACAGUGGCUCCACCUAACGAUGAAUUUACCCAGUGCAUCUCCUCCAUUUUGGAUGACUAUUAUAUUUUUUCCUAUUCACGUCAGUUAUAUUGAAUUAUUUAGUUUAUAGGCCUCUACAACUGCAUAAUAUUUACAUUUCAUUUUAACUGUGCCUUUUAAAAUAUUUUGG